GUCACUUGUAUUAAAUUUAUGACCAGUUUUUAAUGCUAUACCCGGUUUUGUAUAUAACGCCCUGCAAGGCAACAACAGUCCAUAAAUAUGUUAUAUCAAAGCAUGGAUGGUGGCUGUUCCGGCGACAUGGCGGCCGAGUUCGGAGACGAACCCCAUGUCUUGGCGGUGGAUGAUAACCUCAUUGAUCGAAAACUGGUGGAGAAAUUACUCAAGAACUCCUCCUGUAAAGUGACAACAGCAGAAAAUGGGCUGAGGGCAUUGGAAUAUUUGGGUUUGGCAAGUGAUAAGAGGAAUGCCUUGGACGGUACUGUAAGUAGCAUAAUAUCCCCUUCGGACUCGGAUUUAGAAAUCGAAUCUCAACGUUUACCAACUUGUUUAUGUUUGAAAUGCCAGGUUUCGAAGGUGAAUCUAAUAAUAACAGAUUACUGCAUGCCUGGAAUGACAGGCUAUGAGCUGCUUAAGAAAAUUAAGGAAUCAUCGGUACUGAGAGAGGUUCCGGUUGUAAUCAUGUCAUCGGAAAAUGUUCCGACUCGAAUCAGCCAGUGCUUACAAGAAGGUGCUCAGAUGUUCAUGCUGAAGCCCCUGAAACAGUCGGAUGUUAAGCGAUUGGAGUGCUAUCUGAUGAGAUGCAGAAGCUGAGAUUUAGGGCCUUUCGAGGGCUAAUUUAGCCAUUGUAUCAGAAACAUUUUUGCUAAUUAAAAUGAUCUUUCAGAUGC